UAAAAUGAAAAUUUACAAAAGAAGUGAAAAAAAUGGAGUAGCAGCGACUGGUGCGUUUCCUAAAACCCUAGCCUCCGCUCGACUCCUCUCUGCUCCGCCUCCACCUCCCCCCACUCAGCUCCACCACCGCCUCCGCCUCCAUGAGUCUCAUUGCAGGCUCCUAUGAAAAAUUCAUAUGGGGGUUCAAGCUUAGACCUUCCGAACCCCAAACUCUGACUCUAACCCCUAUUUUCUCCUAUCCUUCUCAUCUUUCCGUCAUCAGAACCCUCGCCGCCGCCGGCCCCGUCGCUGCUUCCGGUGGCGCUGAUGAUACCAUCCAUCUCUACGACCUCUCCACCGCUUCCUCUCUCGGAUCACUUCACGAGCACUCUGCAUCUCUAACCUCUCUCGCCUUCUAUACACCUCCUAACCUAUCAUUCCCUCGUAACCUUGUCUCUGCUGCUGCAGAUGGUUCCGUAUGUAUCUAUGAUGCUGACCCUUUUGUCCACCUCAAGACUGUGUUGCCUCACAGGAAGGCUGUUAAUGAUCUCUCUAUCCAUCCCUCUGGAAAGCUCGCGUUGACUGUGGGCCAUGACGAGUGCUUGGCCAUGAUCAAUUUGGUUCGUGGAAGGAGGAGUUUCUAUUGCAGGUUGGGUAAAGAGGCCAGUUUGGUGGAUUUUGACGUUGGAGGAGAUAAGUUUUUCAUGGUUAUGGAAGAGAAGGUUUCGGUUCAUGAGGCAGAGGAUGCACGGUUGUUGUGCGAGUUCGAGAACAAGAAGCGGGUUCUUUGUGCCACUCCUUGCGAGAACGGCAUCCUGCUUACUGGUGGAGAGGACCGUUGUCUUACGGCGUGGGAUGUAAAUAGUGGAAAGGUGGCAUAUACAAUAGAAGAAGCACAUGCUGCCCGUGUCAAAGGGAUUGUUGUACUCACAAAGAAUUCCUCUAGUACUUUCUCUGAUGAUGAUCCCCAUGUAGUUGCUUCUGCAUCAACAGAUGGAGUUAUACGUGUUUGGGAUGUUCGAAUGACUGCUAUUAAGGACAAGCCAAAUCCAUUAGCUGAGGCAAAUACAAAUUCAAGACUGACUUGUCUUGCCGGAUCCGCUCUUAAAUCUCUUAGGCGACGGCAAGUCAGGAAGAACACAUCAGAUGAAGGGCAGGGCGUACUCAAUGCCACUGACAAGAAGUCGGCUGAGUAAGGAAACUAUGUUGUAUACAUUGAGUUUGGCUGAUUAUUUGGUGAUGCUGCUGGCUGUUGGGGUGAGAAUUGUUCUUCAUAUGGUUUCCCCUAUGUGCCUGCUGUACUAAAUUUUGACAAGAAAACAAUUUGUUUAUAUCGAUUCGCAUAGGAGAUAUUAUUUUAUCUUUCAACUCCAAUUUUUGUUAGUGGGAUUGGCAACGGUAUACAUAUUGUUGGGCUGUGACUUGCUUUGUGAUGCAGUAAUUAGUUUGUAUCUAAAUGGUAAGUAGUAAACAUUUUGGAAUCGACGACUUCCCAUUAUAGUCAAUUUGAGUAUAGUCUAACUAGGUUGGAAU